AUGGUGCUUCAAACUUAUGGUAUCAGCAUCAAUGGUGAUGAUGAGUGUAUUGAGAAUCGAUUAAUUGAUCACAAUGACGAUGUUAUAAUAAGCGAUCGUAAAAGUGUCAUUUAUAGUGAUAAUAUGUUAGCCAUGUCACCAUUUGCUGGUGAUUACCCACCGACAACUAAUUACAUUAAUUACACAGAUCUGGAUGCAAACUACGUUACACAAGGUGAUGGAAUGAAUGAAGCAUAUAAAUAA